AUGGGAAAAGAUCUCGUCACGUUCAUAGAGAAGAACAAGAAAGGCAAGCUUCUUGUCAUCCAUAUCUAUUCACAUUCUAAUGUGAGGAGAGAGGAAGUGGAGGAGAUGGAGAAGAGAAUUGUUGAGAAAAUGAGUAAAACAUUUUCUUGCACUCCCGGGGUCCUGGGAUCUCCUAGAUCUCCUGUUUUCCAGGAUGCAGAUUUGGAUGAAGACUGGACAAAGCGCCUUUUCUGGCAUGACAUGAUGAAGGGGGCUAAGGGAGCUCUAUCCUUCCCUUUGGCCCCUGGUGACCCAUCCCCUCAUCUUCCGUCGAUCAAAUGCCAAGCAUUCAUCUCCUUUGCCCAAAGUGCACGGUUCCAGGCGUCGAUAUCGCCGGACCACAUCACCAAGAGGAAUUCGAAGUACAUUUUCAAGGUGCUGCUUGGGGAGAGAGAAUGUAUCCAAUUGCAGGAAACUAUUAAGAUCGCCAUGAAGUGUCUCCUGGAAACAAACCAUCGACCCAUUGCUGAGGAGCUCCUGCAUUCCUCUAAGGAAGAACUCAAGGACUACAAAAAUGGCACAGAUCGGAAUGUAUAUGAAAAGAAAAUACUGCUUGCAAUCGAUGAAGAGAAGAGCUGCUUGCAAGAAGUGAAGACGAUGGUUGAUAGCCUGAGGAAUUUCCAAGGUGAAGGCAUGGAUCAAUUGAAAACUGUGAUCGAUAGUUUGAAGAAAUCCGAAGAAGAAAUAAUGGACCGAUUGAAGAUCGCGGUUGAUUGUAUGAAGAAAUUUGAAGAAGAAAAAAUAUCUGAAUUGAAGUGCGCAGUUUAUGGUUUAAAAUUCUCUGAAGAAGGAAGCAUGGACCGAAUAAAGGAGAUGAUUGAUAGUUGGAAGUUAUCCGAAGGUGAAAGGAUAGACGAAUUGAGGAACAUGGUUGGUUUCAAGAUAUCUGAAGGAGAGGGCUUGGGCAAGCAAAUUCUAAUACGGCAAGGGCUUCAGAAUGACCGAAAGGAAAAUAGGAAGGUGGAAGACCUAUCGAUGAGACUGACUGAGGGUGAGAUGGAGAGACAUUUAGCGGAGCAAAGUAUACGGCAGUUGACAGAGUCUAAUGCAACGCUUGAGCCUCCACAUGAAGAAGUUCUAGAACAUUUUGAGAGGGAGCAGUUCUUCCAUCAAGAGAGAGGGACGGAGCUCAAAGCGGCCAAAACUAAGGUGGAAAGGACGCCACAGCAGCUGGAGCAACUUCAAUCACGACUGGCUCUGAUGCCCACACGCCGGACUGAAAUCCGUUCACGGUCUGAUCUGAUCACCUUCAUAGAGAAUAACAAGAAGCUCAUUGUCAUCCACGUCUAUUCACACACGAGUGUGACGAUAGAAGAAGUGGAGCAUAUGGAGAGGGAAACACUUAAAAAAAUGAGUGAUAUAAUCUUCCUGGAUGCUGAUUUGGAUUCAGACUGGCCAAUGAAUUUCUUCUGGAAUAAGGACGACAGGAAAAGAAGCAACUACUGGAUUGUUAUAAUGAAUGACUGGCAGGACGAGAGCUGCAUCUUCCAGAAAUAG